AGUCCCGGGAGGGAGGCUCGGAGCAGGCACCGGUACCGGGAGCAGGAGCUGGCGGAAGGGGAGCGGUGUGUACUCGGGCAUUCUCCGGAGAAUGUGACCGCCUGAGGAAUGAGGGUCCCUGUCUGAGGACGAGGGUGUCUCUGGUUGGCCCAGCAUUUCUUGUCACCCCGAAUUGCCAAGAGGACAGUUAAGAAUCAACCGCAUUGCUGUGGAUCUGGAGUUACAUGUAGAGCAGAUAAACUCGUCCAUGAAUUCGGUCAGCAGUACGGAGGAUGUGAAACCACCUUUGGGAAUUAAUGGUGUGCUUAAGAUAUCACCUCAUUCCUCAAACUGUCCACUUUCUCUAACCAAACACAUCUGCGCCAUCUGUGGGGACAGGUCUUCAGGCAAACAUUAUGGUGUUUACAGCUGUGAAGGUUGUAAAGGAUUCUUCAAACGCACGGUGCGCAAAGACCUUACCUACACUUGCCGUGACAACAAGGACUGUAUCAUUGACAAGCGCCAGCGUAACCGGUGCCAGUACUGCCGCUACCAGAAGUGUCUUGCCAUGGGGAUGAAGCGGGAAGGUAUGGGCGCAGACUUCAGAGCGGUCCAGGAAGAGAGACAGCGAGGUAAGGACAGGAACGAGAAUGAGGUGGAAUCAACAAGCAGUGCCAAUGAGGACAUGCCAGUGGAGAAGAUAGUGGAGGCUGAGCUGGCCGUUGAACCCAAGACUGAGACUUACAUAGACUCCAGCCUCGGCAUGGCCAGCAGCUCACCAAAUGACCCAGUCACCAACAUCUGCCAAGCAGCUGACAAGCAACUCUUCACACUUGUCGAGUGGGCUAAGAGGAUCCCACAUUUCUCCGAGCUCCCUCUGGAUGAUCAGGUUAUCCUUUUGCGGGCAGGUUGGAAUGAACUGCUGAUUGCUUCGUUCUCUCACCGUUCCAUCACUGUAAAAGAUGGCAUUCUGUUGGCAACCGGUCUCCAUGUGCACAGGAACAGUGCACACAGCGCUGGGGUGGGAGCCAUCUUCGACAGAGUUCUGACAGAACUUGUGUCUAAAAUGCGCGAUAUGCAGAUGGACAAGACGGAGCUGGGCUGUUUGCGAGCAAUUGUUCUCUUUAAUCCAGAUGCAAAAGGCCUGUCCAAUCCCGGGGAGGUGGAGGCUCUCCGUGAGAAAGUGUACGCCUCUCUGGAAGGAUACUGCAAACAGAAAUACCCAGAGCAACCUGGCAGGUUUGCUAAGCUCCUCCUCCGCCUGCCAGCCCUUCGCUCUAUUGGACUGAAGUGUCUCGAACAUCUGUUCUUCUUCAAGCUGAUUGGGGACACCCCAAUUGACACUUUCCUCAUGGAGAUGCUGGAAGCUCCUCAUCAAAUCACCUAACUCUGCAGUAGCUGUGGAAAAGAUCGCUCCCCAGCACAGACUGCCAUCCAUUUCUUGGAGCUGAUCUGAAGAUCAUCGGCCUCCUCUCUACAUUUACAGCAUCUCCUCAAAGCCCAAUAAUUAUUAACUUUGUUGUGAUCAGAUGACAACGGAAUACCUUUCUGUCCUGUUUAUAUCUACUCUGUCACUGGGUUCUGUGAUGUAUCACACCUUAAGAUAGGUUGAGGUGUCUUUGCAUAAGUGUAUGUGAGAAUCACUCACCUUGAGAGUGCUCAAGGCUGCUUCACUCUCGCUCCCAUCUCCUCUACUUGGUUUGUAUGUGUGUGGUUAAUGGUGACGGGUUUGUCCUGUCCAUCUGAAUUCGUCAACGCUGGAGGUUUGGACUCUGCAAAACAGAAACUUUCAGACAGUCUCUCUUCCUGAUCUAAAACUUCCUCUGGCAGGUACUGUGUGUGAAACAAGAAGGGACUUGGCUUCCUGUUGUAUUGUGCCACUUGCUGAUUGUGUUGCAGCUGACUGAACUCCCUCAAGGUGGGCACUGAUGCAACUCCUCAGAGAACCAGAGAGACUUGUCUUUCACAUUCAUGACUGUAACUCUCACACCUGGUCUACCAAAUCGAUUUUUAAUGCAGUACGUCCAGUAUUUGUUCAUCGUUCUUUUAUAUGUUUCCUAGCAAUAAGAGGUUUGAUUUUAUUGAAACCUCGGCAGGAGUGGCAGCUAAUUGCACUUCUUUAUAUCACUCGACUUUGUAUUGGUCAUGCCAGCACUGCCGCAGUUGGAGAGAUGCUGACUCCUGCCUGGUCACAUUCCCCCUUCCCUCUCCUCCCGCUGUUUGUGUGUCUUGCUGUCCCUUCCUCUCAGCUCAGGAUUGGAUGUGUACAAAGCUCAACUCCUGAAGAUUGUUUGCUGCUGAUGAAUGCUUUCAUUAAUAACCGGUGAUCAGUAAAUUUGGGUCAUGAUGCUGAGAUGCCAGAAGGCAGGUUUUGGUCUGGAAGCUGAGAAGUUUAGUUUAUGCGUGGCCUGAUUGCUGCUGAUCCCCCUCAAACACACUAACAAAUUAAGCCCUCCCACCCUGUACACUAACAGUCUCCCUGAGCUCUCAUACCCCCACCCCCGCCAUGCUCCAGUUUCUGAAACUUCUGGAAUACAGCUCGCACUGAUUCAAAGGAGAGCUCUGAAAUUCCCGUACUUUCCCAGCAGCCCUGCACAUGAGGAAAUGUGGGGAAAGACGGUACUGGUUUAACCUGCACCUUGGGUUGGCUUGUCUUAUUCACAACUUUAAGAUGAUGUUGUGGUAACGGCUCCACUGUACAGUCAGUGUGAGGUAUAUGCUCAGUUUUGUGUUACUCAGGUAACCAGACAACCCUUCCUCUUGUAAGCAGCUGUAAAAACUGCCUGAGGUGUGUCUUUCCUCCUUUGCUGUUACCUUCUGUGAUUCCCUCUCUCCCCUUCAGCUGAUAGCUAUCCUUACGUUUCAUCUCAGAACACACGUCUUUGAUGUGCACCAACACAUGACCAAAGGUCAAUGUGGUAUCAUGAUGUGUGCAAUCUUUCAGCACUAUCACACCUCCUUUAACUGGAUGCCCUUUACAAAGCUGCUCCUGUCUCCCUGUAUUUUCCAAUCCCCAGCCAUUGGUUUCACAGUCUGAGGAUUUCAUCAUUACACAGGGAGCAUUCCCUCUUACAUAUUUACUCUGUGUGACCCUGAUGUCGGUUCUUUAAAGACUUGGAUCAUUUGAGUUUAAAUCUCACUAUCUGUCCGGAUGUACCCAGCCCCCUCCCCACUCUGUACCCC